AUGGCUUCCUUCAAUUAUCACGCGCUCCCUGGCUUUGGAGAAGAAUGUCGCGACAAAUAUGGGUUUAGCGAUGCCUGCAUCAUCGGCAAUCGGCUGAUCGUCACCGGGCAGACGGGUAUGGAUCCUUUGACCAAAAAGAGCUCCCCCAAUGCCGAGGAUCAGAUUGCCCAGGCAUUCAACAACGUCAAUGAUCUGAUUAUCCACAGUCUCAUUCAGGAAGGUCAUGCCAUUGAGGAGGGCCGUACUGGCUGGGAUUACGUUGUCAAGCUUCGCGCGUUCUUCGUAGGAUUGUCCGGCAUGCGCGUGAAAGCACGGGAAAAUGUGGUCCACAACAUCAAGAACUGGUGUCAUCAUCACCAGCCGUUGUUUACCAUGGUCGGGAUCGAAAGCUUGCCAUUUCCCGAGCACCUUCUGGAGUUCGAAGUUGACGUGUGGAUUCCGUGA